AAUGCAGAUUUAGCAUCAAGCACAGACAUACACUCGCUCUUUCUCUCAGAUACACACAGCUCCUCACAUUCGCACCUCUGCCAGCGAGUCGGGCCGCCUGACUACACAGCUUCCCAGCCAGCCAGAUGCUAGAGAUCACACAUUAAUUUGCGGCUUCCCAAGCCCCUAAUCAGUCUCUUUUUCUACACAAAGAUUCCUUUAAAAAACAAACAAACUACAUCUAUAUAUAUUUCUUAUUUGCACCUUUCUCCUGGGUCCCCUGCUCCGCCAGCCUGUGCGCCUCCUAGCACCACUUUUCACUCCCAAAGAAAGAUGAAAGGUGGCUGUGCCUCCCAGUGGAAGGCGGCCGCCGGGCUUCUCUUCUGUGUCAUGGUUUUUGCAUCGGCCAAGAGACCGGUCUUCACGAAUAAUUUUCUUGUGGAGUUGCAUAAAGGAGGAGAGGAAGAAGCUCGCCAAGUUGCAGCAGAACACGGCUUUGGAGUCCGAAAGCUCCCUUUCACUGAAGGCCUGUACCACUUUUAUCACAAUGGCCUUGCAAAGGCCAGGAGAAAACGCAGCCUACACCACAAGCAGCUGCUGGAGAGAGACCCCAGGGUAAAGAUGGCCUUGCAACAAGAAGGAUUCCAACGGAAAAAGCGAGGGUAUAGAGAUAUCAAUGAGAUCGAUAUCAACAUGAAUGAUCCUCUUUUUACAAAGCAAUGGUAUCUGAUCAAUACUGGACAAGCCGAUGGCACUCCUGGCCUUGAUUUGAAUGUGGCAGAAGCCUGGGAACUGGGCUACACAGGGAAAGGUGUUACCAUUGGAAUUAUGGAUGAUGGGAUUGACUAUCUCCACCCAGACCUGGCCUCGAACUACAAUGCCGAAGCAAGUUAUGACUUCAGUAGCAACGACCCCUAUCCUUACCCUCGAUACACAGAUGACUGGUUUAACAGCCAUGGGACCCGAUGUGCAGGGGAAGUUUCUGCCGCGGCCAACAACAAUAUCUGUGGGGUCGGAGUGGCAUACAACUCCAAGGUCGCAGGUAUUCGGAUGCUGGACCAGCCGUUCAUGACGGACAUCAUUGAGGCCUCCUCCAUCAGCCACAUGCCCCAGCUGAUCGACAUCUACAGCGCCAGCUGGGGCCCCACAGACAACGGGAAGACGGUGGACGGGCCCCGGGAGCUCACGCUUCAGGCGAUGGCGGAUGGUGUGAACAAGGGCCGAGGCGGCAAAGGCAGCAUCUAUGUGUGGGCCUCUGGGGACGGUGGCAGCUACGACGACUGCAACUGCGAUGGCUAUGCCUCAAGCAUGUGGACCAUCUCCAUCAACUCAGCCAUCAACGACGGUAGGACAGCCUUGUACGACGAAAGCUGCUCCUCCACCUUGGCCUCCACCUUCAGCAACGGCAGAAAGAGGAACCCCGAGGCUGGAGUGGCAACCACAGACUUGUAUGGCAACUGCACUCUGAGGCAUUCUGGGACAUCUGCAGCAGCUCCAGAGGCCGCGGGAGUGUUUGCUCUGGCUUUAGAGGCUAAUCUGGGUCUCACCUGGAGGGACAUGCAGCAUCUGACUGUGCUCACCUCCAAACGAAACCAGCUUCAUGAUGAGGUUCAUCAGUGGCGGCGGAAUGGGGUCGGCCUGGAGUUUAAUCACCUCUUUGGCUACGGGGUCCUUGACGCAGGCGCCAUGGUGAAGAUGGCUAAAGACUGGAAAACGGUGCCGGAGAGAUUCCACUGUGUGGGCGGCUCCGUGCAGGACCCUGAGAAAAUACCAUCUACUGGCAAGUUGGUGCUGACCCUCACCACCGAUGCGUGUGAAGGGAAGGAAAAUUUCGUCCGCUACCUUGAGCAUGUCCAAGCUGUCAUCACAGUCAAUGCAACCAGGAGAGGAGACCUGAACAUCAACAUGACUUCCCCUAUGGGCACCAAGUCCAUUUUGCUAAGCCGGCGUCCAAGGGAUGAUGACUCCAAGGUGGGCUUUGACAAGUGGCCUUUCAUGACCACCCACACUUGGGGGGAAGACGCCCGAGGAACCUGGACCCUGGAGCUGGGGUUUGUGGGGAGCGCACCUCAGAAGGGGGUGUUGAAGGAGUGGACCCUGAUGCUGCAUGGCACGCAGAGUGCCCCUUACAUUGACCAGGUCGUGAGGGAUUACCAGUCCAAGCUGGCCAUGUCCAAGAAGGAGGAGCUAGAGGAAGAGCUGGAUGAAGCUGUGGAGAGAAGCCUGAAAAGCAUCCUGCACAAGAACUAGUGCUGCACCUUGGCUCCGGCGCCUCCCUCCCUCUCCUAUCUCUGCCUCUCUGUCCUUGCUCCAUUCUUUGUCAGACAGGCACCUAGCAAUUCCAACUUCUUGAUCUGAAGCUUCGUUCACUGUCAAUGAUUAUUUUCUUUACAAUGGAAAUAAUCUUUUUUAUUCUAUGCCCCAAAUACAGUGUUCCCACCAACAUCUACCUUCUAUUUGUGACUCUAGGUUCUUUAUUUGUGUCACUCAAAUAGGUGAUAUCGUGCAAAGGAAAACUUGGACAACUUUCCCCUCAAUUUUUUUCAGAUCUGAGAAGAGAAGAGAAUGCAUGUCAAAAGAUGCACACAGUGACUCCUAGAAUGUCUUAUUCAUGGUCUCAACUGACCUGUUAGAUAAAAAAAAAAAAAAGAACUGAGCACGAUUUUUCAAUGACGUAGUUGAAGGUGGCAUGAUUUGAAAGAUGCCAUCCAUGAGAACUCUAAUUACUGGAGGGGGAAGAGUAAAACAGCAUGGGCAUUGGAAAUCUUACCACCAAUACCAACACCAUAACUUUUCCUACUCAGCCAGCAUGACAAAUAUAAAACCUAAGUAGAGUGGCUGUCCUUUCACCAGCUAUUGCUCUGAGUUACGGUAAAAUAUUCUAGAGAAGUCCAAAUUACUCUCAGUUUGCACAGAAUUCAUUUCAGCCACAACUUUCUGGGGUUUCUCACAUAACUAUCCAAAAGGGGAAAAUGCAAGGCAGGUCUGGCAACACACCAUAGUAGUUUUUAACCCAGGAACAUUCCUUUUCCUAAUUCAUUUGGGAACUUCUUAAUCUGAUGGAAGCAAGAGGCCAGGUGAGUAUUUUUCACAGCUUUGCACGUAUGAACUUGGGCUUUGAGUUCCAAAACAUGUGUUUGGCAGACAAUAUCCUACUCCUUCACGUUGUGAUUUCUUUGAUGUGUUAGGGCAAUGGCCUCUGUUCAGGCACAGGUGUAUGGAGGGUGACGUGGGCAUGUCUGAAGAUGUGAGCAGCCAUCUUCACAUGGACCUUCAUUUGUAUGGAGCCUUUUCUGCCAAAGUGGGGAAUACCAACUCAUCCCCUGCAACUUGAGCCUGAAGGAAGCAAGAGAAGCCCUUAGUAGGGAAAGCACAGGUACCAUCUUGGCAACUAAGCAGUCAGUCCAUGAUGGUGUUUAACAGGUCAUCUAAAGCUGAUACAUUCUUCUCCCAUGUCUACCCCAAAAGACACCACCCCAUUUCAUUACCAAGUAGACAUGCUUUCUGGCCUGUUUUCCUACUCAAGGAUGGACUCCUCAUCCCCAAUCCCAAUGCCCACACAUUCCCAAGAAAUGACUCAUUUGUUUGAGUUGAUUCCCAAGAACUGAUCAACUACUCUGGCUACAUUUCUCCCUUCCCCUGGGAGUAGGUAGCUAAGCCUGGAGUUCCCUUCCUCAAACACCAGAGCACCAGUUUCCAUUCCCUGAAGGUUACAACUUUAAGAAAGAAGUCUGGAAAACCCAUUUUCUUUCUUUUUUCCCCAUGUUGGCAUGAAUUUGUCUUCUCUAACACCAUAUGACCUUCUCUAUUUAAUGCUUUAAAAUGUAACAAAAUUUAUGAUUUUUAAAAGAAAUUUAUUACUUAUUGCGAAGGUCUUUUUAAACCAGUUUAGAUUUUAAGAAAAAAAUAAAUGGAAUCAUCAAAAAUUCAUUUCCCAUUAACUGUCUGAAAAUAAACCAAAGGACAUUAUGUGUGUAUAAGUGCACACAGAAAUAUAUAUAUACAUAUGUAGACUAUACACAUGUGUAUAUAUGUAUAUAUAUAUACAUUUGUAUAAAUGUAUAUACACACAUGUACCUAAAAUGUGUGUAUGCAUAUUUAUUGGAGAAAUAGACACCAUGUUCAUCUUUAAAAGAAUAUUCAGAGAAUAUCAAGGUGAUACUGGCUGAAGAGAAAAGCCAGUGGAAAUUCAGGUGAAAAUGUUCAUUGAUUCCCAUUGCAUCACCUCUGUAAUUUUGCAGCUCUCUGUAUAAACAUUAAAUGUCUUAUAUGGCAGCAAAAAUAUAAAAUAGUGUCCAUAUUUUCACAGUUGUGGUAUAAUUUAUGAAAUUAGAGAGUAACUUAUCAGCUUCUUAAUAAAAAUGGCAAGUUUUGAUAUGAGUAUACAGUAUAUAAAAAUAUA